GGUCGCGUCCUAAUAAUAACAACUAACCACCGCGAAGAAUUUGACCCUGCACUGAUCCGGGCAGGCUGCGUAGACCACGAGGUUGAAUUCGAGAACGCCGCCCAGGAAGCAACCCAAGAGUUGUUCAAGAGGAUGUACACUAACUCUACCCUUGUCACCGGAGCAGCUCUCAACCGCAUGGGAAAAGAAUUAUCAAAGAAAGUUCCGGACAAGAUGUUCUCUCCAGCCGAGAUCCAGGGGUUUCUGUUGAUGUGGAAGAAGGAUCCGAGGAAGACGCUAAAUGAGGUGGGCGCCUGGGUGGAGGGCAUAAAGGAAAUUAAGGAAAUAGGGUCGACGCUGCUCCAGGUAUAG